AGGAGGUGUAAGAGAGAGAGGGAAAGAGAGAGAGAAAGAGCGAGAAAGAGAGAGGAGAGAGAGAGAGAGAGAGAGACAGGAAGAAGCGUGUAUUUGCAGAGCGUGGACAACCAGUGGAGAAACCCCCUUGCACAGCGUGGGUCCGGAACUGAGAAUAUGGACUGAAGUGAUCGCGGCGGUCUGGUUCCACGCCAAGUGCGCUCUUCCUCUGCGAACUACGCGAUGGCCGCUUCUGCUGGAGCUUCUGCAGCUUCUCUGGGGGAACUUGGCGGCGUCCUCCACGGCAUCGACGGUGUCGCGCCCGUCGGAUCGCAUUUCCUCCUGACCCCGAUCGUGGACGGUCCGCCGACGCUGCUCGGGGAGCAACUCAUACCCGGGGACAGAUUGUCACGCAGCUCGGCCGCGGAUUUAACGCACCUCAAAGGGAUCUUGAGGAGGAGACAGUUGUACUGCAGGACCGGUUUCCAUCUGGAGAUACUUCCGGAUGGCACCGUGCAAGGGACCAGACAGGACCACAGUCGCUUCGGUAUUUUGGAAUUCAUAAGCCUCGCCGUUGGCCUAAUAAGCAUCCGAGGAGUGGACAGUGGACUCUAUCUGGGGAUGAAUGACAAAGGAGAGCUAUAUGGCUCUGAGAAGCUGACAGCCGAAUGCGUCUUCAGGGAACAGUUUGAAGAGAACUGGUACAACACGUACUCGUCCAACCUUUACAAGCACGGAGACAAAGGGACGCGUUACUUUGUGGCUUUAAAUAAAGACGGGACACCGAGGGAUGGGACUAAAUCCAGGCGGCAUCAGAAAUUCACACACUUCUUGCCCAGGCCUGUUGACCCCGAUCGCGUGCCAGAACUCUACAGAGACGUCCUGGGCCACAGCUGAGACCUGCCAAGAUCUGCGCUCCAGAGCGGGAAUAGCUGCCGCCGCCCUCGCACGCAGGCAGCGGGCGAUAUGGGAUGGACGCAGGCAGCGCAGGAGGGCUCGAGGACAAGCGGGCCAACCGGCAGGGAUAAAGGCACCGGGCCCCCCCCCCCACCCCAGGAAUGCACGGGCAUCUCUCAGCAGCCACAGACAGGCGAGACUGUUGGACUCUGUCAGUCUGCACGCUCAGCACGAGAGGGUCAUUUGGUCCGUGUGGACGGAAGAAUCUCAAAGUACCUGCGAGGAAUUGGAGACCAAGCGGAAGCGGCAUAUUUGAUGUCUCCGGCGGGACACGUCCGACAAGUUUGUGGGAACGUGUUCACUGGUCUUUUGGUCUUGGGUCUGUUCGGGAGGACUUUGAAGGAAAACAGUGACUUUGUUUUAAGAAGAGCUAAAAAGUCUACCGAUUUAUUUAUUCCUUUUAGAUACAUAUAUUUAUGUUAUAUAUUUAUUUAUUUGAGAAUAUAUUUUUACAUUUAUAUACAUGCAAUAUAGAGAAACUACUAGAAACUGUACAAAUGAUGUAACGAAUGAAACACUGUACUACUAUCGUCUUUUAUUCAAGGAAAAGCUCCACAACACUGUAGCGCCACCAAAGAAAUGAACAAUAUUAGUGAGAUUUGUCAUGGACCCUCUGAUAUUUUUCAAUGCAUUUCACCACAGGUGUCAGUCACAAUUUCAUGAACCCGUAUGGCACAGUUACAGACAAACCACGUGUCGUCAUCAGCAAACUCGCGAAUGACUUAUCCAUGCUCAACAAUAAAUAAGAAUGUGAUCAUCAUGUGUUUCACUAUGAGAAUCAGCGCUAACGUAUGGACAAGGUUACAUUAGAAAGCCUUUUCUUUAUUUUUGAAGAAGCACGACCGCUUGCCCUUGUUAUCCACAGUUUCAACACAUA